AGGCUCCUCCUGCGUUUCUCAGAAGCUGAAACAGCCGCCCAUUCUUCUGCAGCGUCUGCGCAUGCUCGGAACAGGAAGCGAAAGGAACCGGAGAGUGUUCAUCAUAUUUUUGAGUAUUUACAGUAAAAAAGAAGUUUCCUUUUCGACAGGAUAAAAAGCAGACAUACAGACCAACUGCUGGAUCCUCUCCAGCGAUGCCUUCCGUGUGGUGGGAGCAGUGGCCCCUGCUGGUCACAAAUGGUAGCUCUCCGCCUGGCGUCCUGGACAACAGCAGCUGCUUCAGCUCCACACAGAGCACCGUCCUGAAGGGAGUAAGCUUCGGAGGAGUGCCAGUUGUGCUACUGAUCAACUUCUCCGUCUUUCUGGUGUUGCUGAUCCUGUUCUCUAUUAUCAGGAGGAAGUUCUGGGACUAUGGGCGUCUAGCGCUGGUCGCAGACAAAGAAGGGUUCACUGAGUCAACACACCGUCGCUAUGGACACAUGUCAUCUAUCAAGUCUAGUGUGGAUGACCUUGAGUAUGAAAUGGGUUUCUGUUCUUGGCUGCCGUACAUCAUCAGAAUGGAUGAGGAAAAAAUAAAAACCAAAUGUGGCAUGGACGCCGUUCACUACCUGUCCUUCCAGCGUCAUCUUAUCAUCCUGUUGUUGGUCAUCACCAUCACCUCCCUCUCAAUCAUACUGCCUGUCAACCUAACGGGAGACCUGCUGGACAAUGAUCCACUGAGUUUCGGAAGGACAACUGUUGGGAAUCUUCAAAAGGGGAACAACCUGCUGUGGCUGCACACAGUGUUUGCAGUUGUUUACCUGACCCUGACAGUUGUUCUGCUGCGACGUCACACAUCACAAAUGAAAGGCAUGCGUAGAGAAACAGCCAGAACCACUUUGUUUGUGUGUUCAGUCCCUAAAACGGCAACAGAGGAGGCUGUAAAGACCCAUUUUACAGAAGCAUACCCUUCCUGCCAAGUGUGUGCCGUCACCCUCAGCUAUGACGUGGCCAAGCUCAUGCACCUUGAUAAGGAAAGGAUGCGAGCUGGUAAAAACCUGCGCUACUAUGAGCGUGUCUUUGAGAAAACGGGGCAACGUGAAAUGAUUAACCUCCAGCUGUGUGGUCACCUCUGUUGUUGCGCCAACUGUGAGAAGGUUGAUGCCAUAGAGCACUACAGCACCAAAGAAAAAGACCUGCUGGAAGAGGUGAGGAAGCAGGUAGACUUGGUGCCACAGCGCCCCCUGGGGAUUGCCUUCGUUACCUUGCAGACAGAGGCUAUGGCUAAGUACAUUUUGAAAGACUUCAAUGCAAUCCAGUGUGGCGGCAGAAGCUGCUGCUGUGGGAGGGAGCCCCAGCCUUCAUCCAACAGUGGAAGUCUGAAGGUGAAGAAGUGGACGGUCAGCUUUGCACCACAUCCCAGAAAUGUGUACUGGGACAAUCUCUCAGUGCAGGGUUUUCCCUGGUUCAUGCGCUAUGUGAUGCUCAACUUCCUUCUUUUCUUCCUGCUCACCUUCCUCACGACUCCCACCAUCAUUAUCAGCACCAUUGACAAGUUCAACGUCACUAAGCCCAUCUACUAUCUCAAUAGCCCUAUCAUCAGUCAGUUCUUCCCCACUCUCCUGCUGUGGGUCUUCUCUGCAUUGCUGCCCACCAUAGUCUACUAUUCUACACUAGGAGAGGCACACUGGACCAGGUCUAGCGAGCAGCUGAGCAUGAUGCGUAAGCUUUACUUCUUCCUGCUCUUCAUGGUACUCAUCCUACCCUCACUAGGACUCACCAGUCUUGCAGUGUUUUUCCGCUGGCUAUUUGAUAAAGAGUUCCUCUCAGAUGGGAAACUCAGGUUUGAGUGUGUGUUCUUACCUGACCAAGGUGCAUUUUUUGUCAAUUAUGUGAUUGCGGCGGGCCUGGUGGGUUCUGGGAUGGAGUUGUUGCGGUUGCCAGGUUUGCUGCUCUACACCGUUCGUAUGGCACUUGCUCGAUCUGCUGCUGAAAGAAAAUAUGUUAAACAGAACCAGGCCUAUGAGUUUGAAUAUGGAGCCAUGUAUGGCUGGACCUUAUGUGUGUUUACUGUCAUUAUGGCAUACAGCAUCAUUUGUCCUAUUAUUGUGCCUUUUGGUCUCUUAUACAUGUUGCUGAAGCACCUGGUGGACAAACACAACCUGUACUUUGCCUACCUGCCUGCCCGCCUAGACCGUCAAGUUCAUCUGGGAGCUGUCAAUCAAGCUCUGGCUGCGCCCAUCAUCUGCCUGAUAUGGCUUUAUUUCUUUUCUGUCCUCAGAACAGGUUUCUGGACUGCCACUUCUCUGUUCACCCUGGUGGUCAUGAACAUCACUGUCUUCAUCUGUGUCAGCUACACCUGCUUUGGCCAUUUUAAGUACCUCAGUCCACACAACUAUGAGUCGAAAGAAGAUGAUGAGGAUACAACUGAGGGAUGUGAUGAAAACACCACGGUCUACCUUCCCAGGGUGCUUAAUCCCAAAUCACCUGCCAGCACCACACAGGCAUCUAAACUCCAGCAGUCUUAUGGCUCUACGGAGGAGAGCCCAGGCUACAGCUCCAGCCCAGUGGAGGGCAGCAUGUCAGAUAGCUGAAUCAGUGUAUUUCAACACUGAGUCAAAGUUUCAAGUCAGGAUGCCCUCGACUCCUGAUUGUAAAUCUGCUUAUUUAACAAAUGAUUUCAGCAUUGAAGUCAGAGUCUGAAUUCAGCUCUACUCUACUGCUUAGUCAGACACGGCCUGUCCCGAUGAGAGGAAAUCUCCAGAUGGGAUGAGAGAAGAAAGUGCAAUAGAUUCCAAAGCAUACGUCCCCUCUACUUUCUUAGAGAUAGGAGUUUAAAGUACCAUGUGAGACACUGGGUCAAAGAUGAAUUGCACUCUACAGGAAAAAAGGCAAAUAGGAAUUUUAAUUUAAAUUUGGAUCAGUAUUUGCACUGGACCAGAGUAGCACAUCUUCUCUCUCAGUCUUGUGUAUUAUAAAGCACAGUUACUGUACAUGCUGUAUUUUUCUGUGUUUAGCCUUUUUGAUAAGGACCAAUCUACCAAAGAAUGCCUUGCCAUUUCAAAGAAGCCAUAAUAUUUGUAAAACAAAUACUGGAUUUAAUUUCUUGCACAUAGUGAAGCUAAUUAUGCAAAUAUGAAGAACAAAAUAAUCUGAUGCCACUGAUGUGGACAAGAAGAGCUUUUUAUUUGUUAAUACUUAUGUAGAUUUUGUCUAGUUCAGACGUCUCUCAUGUGCCUUUAUUGAUUCCAAAAGACAACACCUGCCAAGGGAAUAGCUCACUGCUCAAUAUUAAUAUUGCAGUUUUUGUAUUAAGAGAGGACUAUCAUGUGUACUAACAAGAGUUUAAUGUUUAUACUUUUGUAAUUAGACAAAAGAACCAACAUUUCUAUCAGUAUUGCUGGAAUUUUGCAACUCAAACGUUUUGUUAAUAUUUUGUUUGACUCAUGUAUUAUAAUGGUUAGAACCAUCAUUUUCAUUAUUAUUACAGGUAAAACAAUAGUAUUCAACCAUCACUGUAGAAAUUCUUUAAUAAGGUCAAAGUUUAUUUGUAUUUACAAUACUUUUAAUUUCUGUUUUUGCAGCUUUUUAAAAUGUGCAUUUUUAAUAAGGAGCUGAAUCCUUAAAGCAAACUUGAAACUGCUCAGUGGUUAGUAAAUGGAGAGUUUAUUCUCCAAAGUUAAAUUGAUAGAAUUGUCAGUUCCAGAUGUUGACGAAGAACUCAGCCUUGAUAUUGUAAAUGGUUGUACAAAUUUCAAUAUUAAACAUUCUGUCAUGCAGUUUUAAAUUACAAAAAAUGGUAACAAC